AUGUUGGGGGGGGCGUCAGGCCUGGGGGCCGCGCCGACGCGCGCGCUGUACAGCACCGCAAACGUUCUGUACAUCAAGAAUCUGUCUCCCUUGGUGACGGAGGAUCACAUUCGACAGAUCUUCACACACUGCGGCGAAAUUCUGAACAUCGGCUUCAAGGCGUACCUCAACAACCCAGCGCAGCGCUAUUGCGUCCUCGAGUUCAAGGAUUCUGCGGGCAUCACGGCGGCCUCGCAGCUCAACAAUACGCCUCUCCUCAACGUCCCCAUGACGGUUACGGUCGUCGAACCUGCGGGCGGCGGGACCUUCAUCGCCGCGCCAGAGGCCCUCGCGGGCGCUUCCGGCGCGCUGGGCUCCAGUUCGCUGGAGGCGCUCGCGAAGCAAGCCGCCUUGAAUGUGCAGCAUCCCGUUGGCCAACCAGCUCUCGCGCCGGGGCAAGUCGGCGAGGGCGUCCGCCAGCUGCAGCAGCUCCAGCAGCAGCAGCUCCAGCAAUUCGAGGCAAACGGCGCGCUGGGAGCCGGAGCCCAGCUCGCGACUGCAGGCGCGGUCGCGGCGCUGGGGGGACAGGCCGGCGGCGCCGCGGCCUUCGGGGCCAUGCCCCUCAACAGCCAGAUGAGCGUCGUCGAAAUCGCCAUGCAAAACCACCUCAGCAACUUGCAGGCUGUUCAGUCAGCCGCUCUCCAGGCGAAGAUCCUCGCAGAGAAGAAGAAAACCGAACUGGGCCUAGGUGUCUCCAUCGGUCCCGGCGCCGGCGGGCUGCUCCCGGCUGCGGCCUCUCUGGUCACCGGGUGCCCCCACAAGGAGACAGAGCUCCAGCAGUUGGGGAGGACGGUGUUCGUCGAGAACUUCCCCGAAGAGUACGAAAAAGAGGAACUCCAUCUGCUCCUUCGGGACUUCGGGAAGAUCUCCAACCUUCGCUUCGGCCAGCAUCCUGAGAAAGGAUCCAAGUUCGCCGUUGUCGAGUUCGAAACCGCGGAAGAGGCGCAGUUUCUGCGAGGCAUGGAUGCGAAGCCAAUUGGCAAUUUGACUCUAACGAUCAAGGAGUCGCAGUCGGUGGUGAACUUUCGCGACCCGGACGGCGUUCUGUUCGAUGUGCCACCGCCGCCGAUCCUCGCGGUGUUGAAGCAGCAGCAGACGCCGGAGGCCCAGCAAGAGGCUCUGCAGAGCAAACUGAAGGAGGUGAAGUACGCGAAACUGGAGAUCGAAGAAAAGUUCAAGGCUGCGACGCGCCCCAAGCGCGAGAGCAGAAGCCGAGGUGUCUCCUCGCGUCGCCGACGUCGGAACCGGAGCAGCAGUGGGAGCGUCGAAGCGCCGAGAGGAAGAAGUCUGUCCCCAGGGCGUCGUGGGUCGGUUGAGAGGAAGCGAAGAAAGGAGGAAAGGCCCGAGCGCGGACGAGACUCCUCUCGCAGUCUCUCGGCCGGGGCUCGCGGAGGUAGCGGCGCGGGGCGGAGCCUCCGCGGGGGAGGGCGCGGAGAGAGGCGCGGGGCCUCGCGGUCGCCGCGAAGGAGCCUCGAGAGACGCGGCGACAGCAGAGGCCGGUUGGGUUCAGAGGGCGCCGGACGCGGCCGGGAGCGAGCUGUCGCGAGCGGAGCUCGAGCCCCGAGACCGGUGGAGGCACGCCGGAGCAUCAGCCGGUCGCCCGACAUGACGGAGACGCGACGCAGCGGGGAGACCGCACAGAAGGACGAGGUGCAGCGGGAUGGGUCCCGGCUGUCUCCGCGAGAAGCCGAGCGAGAGGGCGACGGCUGCAGCGACGAGGCUCGAAAGCAUGUGAGCCGGAGCGCAUCCCGGGAGGCGGGUCGGGCGCGAAAGCCAGAGGGGCGUCCCAAGAACCUGGGGGUGACAGCCGGACCUGAGGCCCUUCCGAGUGGGGACAAGAAGCCCACAGGCCCUGCGGCAGAGAAUGGCCUGGCCCGCUGUGCUGAGGCCUCGGAAAGCGAGCCUGAGAGUCCUGGGCUCGGGCGCAGGGCCAGGGACACGAAGGAAAGAGACGGGAGGGGCGGGGACUUGCGAAGUCCGCGAAGACGCGGGACGCUCUCGAACAAGCGCGACGCUUUCUCGUGCUCUUCGCGUUCACCGUCAGCGGAUCGCCGAAGGGCGUUGAGAGAGACCGAAAGGAAACGACCUCUCGACGCGUCCGCCUCCCGGUCCCCCUCGGGGCCUCGCCAGAGACCCCCAGGUGCCUGGCCCCACGGUCCACAGACCCAACGGGGCGCGGACCCGCGCUCCUCGUCGCGGUCGCCGGAGGGCCGCAGCGGAGCGCGGCGGCGCUUGUCUCCUUUCUCGAAGAAAAAGGAGGACAGGGACCUUUCGAGGGAGCGAGGUGGCAGAGCCGGACCCAGUCGGCUCUCGGUAGACGGUAGACGCGGAGGCCCUGAGAGACGAGGCAGACGGUCCGGGUCGAGGAGACACUCCUCACUGUCGGACAGCGACCGGAGUCCUUCUUUCUCCCCAGGGCGCCCGCAGCGAGUCCCGGGGCCUCGGGGACCGUCGGGCGAGUCGGGCCUCGCUUACGGGAGACCCCGACCGCGCCUUUCGGGGCGUCCCGACGCGGAGCGGGGGCCGUCUCCGUUUUCGCGCCGCAGGCGUCGAAGUGUCUCCAGAAGCGGAGACCGGAACUCCGUGGAAGACGGCCGGCUGAGCAGGGGCGGGAGUCGGGGUAGGCGCCCCGGACCUAGCCGCCGCCCGUCGGAUCGCCUCGAGCCUGGAGAGGAAGCGAUGAGAGACAGAGACGACGACUACUCCCGCGGCGGCUUUCCAGGUCCGCGGAUCCGAGGGGACAGACGGGGCGGCGCGCCUUACGGACCGGGGGGCAGAAGGCCCGGCAGCCGCGAGCCUUCGUUUGGGCGCGAAUUGCAUCCGGGCGAGAAGGGCGACGGCCCCGCGCGGAGUGGCGCCCGCGUGCCGGUUCGCGGCCGCGGGACUGGAGCCCAACUAGCGGAGACAGCCAGCACGGCGUGGGGAGGCCCCGGCCGGAUGGAGAAGGGACGAGAAGACGGACCGUUCGGGAUGAGAGGCGAAGGGCCGAGAGGACGAGGGAGACAACCCGGAAGGCGGAGACUCGGACGGAGAGACGGCGACUCCGGUGACGAAGGAGGCAGAGAUGCGCGCAUGGACAGAUACAAAAGCCAGUCGAGAUCUCUGAGUGAAGACAGCGACUCUGCGUCCCCCGUCAGUGGCGGCGGCGUCGGGCCGGGCGUCGGAGGCUCUCGCCGUGGCUCCCGGAGCUCCGGCCUCGCUGGGCGCGAGGCCCUCGAAGGCGAAGGCGCGCCUGCUGCCUCUCGCGAGGAGGUCGAAAGGAACGGCGGUGCGAGAGCCCCCCAGGGAGCAGGGGAGUUUCGGAGUGGGUCCGCGGCCGAGGACUCGUUGGGCGCGAAGGAUGCAGUCGGACCCAAGCCGAUGAAUGCUCUGUGCGGCGGGCGCCCUGGGACUCAGGGGAGCGCUGGAACUGCGUGA